UGACGGUAGCACAGAGAUAACGGGUCGGGAAGGGAUUGGGAAAUCGGGAGGGAGACGCAGAGGGGUCGGUGCCGGAGGACAAUGGACACGGCCGGGCAGGACAAUGUGGCUGAGAAGCCAGAGAUAAUGGAGAGAACUGGGGAGGAGAAGGAGAAGCAGGAGAUAAUGGAGAGAACUGGGGAGGAGAAGGAGAAGCAGGAGAUAAUGGAGAGAACUGGGGAGGAGAAGGAGAAGCAGGAGAUAAUGGAGAGAACUGGGGAGGAGAAGGAGAAGCAGGAGAUAAUGGAGAGAACUGGGGAGGAGAAGGAGAAGCAGGAGAUAAUGGAGAGAACUGGGGAGGAGAAGGAGAAGCAGGAGAUAAUGGAGAGAACUGGGGAGGAGAAGGAGAAGCAGGAGACGUCGGACACAUGUCGGGAGGAGAAGGGGAAUGAGCCGGAGGAGAAGCAGGAGACGUCGGACACAGCCGGGGAGGAGAAGGAGGAUCAGAACCAGGAGAGGAGGGAAAGAGCUGGGGACAAAGUGGAUCAGAACCAGGAGGAGACGAGAGACACAAGAACUGGAGAGGAUCAGGGGGAGAAUCAGGAAGAGGCAAAGCAGGAGCCCAAAUGUUCCCCAUCAGCCCCAGAUCCCCCCAAAACUGAGUCUGAGCAGAAGGAAUCGCCCCCCAAACCCACCCCCACCGAGAGCACCAGCCUGAUGCAUGGGGGGUCUGAGGGCAGAAAGAUGACGGCGAAGUUGAUGCUGGCUGUUUGCACGGCUGUGAUUGGCUCCUUACAGUUUGGAUACAACACGGGAGUGAUUAAUGCACCACAAGAGGUGAUCGAGGGCUUCUACAAUGCCACGUGGAUGAGCCGUUACAAUGAGCCCAUCUCUGAGACCACCCUCACCUCCCUGUGGUCCCUGUCUGUGGCCAUCUUCUCAGUUGGUGGCAUGGUGGGCUCAUUCUCCGUGGGACUGUUUGUCAACCGUUUUGGCAGGCGCAACUCCAUGCUGUUGGCCAACAUCCUGGCCUUUCUAGCUGCCAUUUUGAUGGGAUUUUCCAAGCUGGCGUCCUCCUUCGAGAUGCUGAUCAUUGGGCGGUUUGUGGUCGGACUCUACUGUGGCCUCACCACUGGUUUUGUGCCAAUGUAUGUCGGAGAAAUUUCCCCCACAUCACUGAGAGGAGCUCUGGGGACCCUGCACCAGCUGGGAGUUGUGAUUGGAAUCCUUAUUGCUCAGAUCUUUGGGCUGAAGCCUAUCAUGGGGAACGAGUCCCUGUGGCCCCUAUUGUUGGGCUGCAUAUUUGUGCCGAGCAUAUUGCAGUGCAUCGUGCUGCCCUUCUGCCCAGAGAGUCCACGAUUCCUGCUCAUUAAUCGCAAUGAGGAAGACAAAGCCAAGAGCGUGCUGAAGAAGCUCCGAGGCACCACAGAUGUGAGCAGUGACCUGCAGGAGAUGAAGGAAGAGAGUCGGCAGAUGAUGCGAGAGAAGAAAGUCACCAUUGCGGAACUCUUCCGCUCCCCACUCUACCGCCAGCCCAUCUUCAUCGCCAUCGUCCUGCAACUGUCACAGCAGCUCUCUGGCAUCAACGCGGUCUUUUACUAUUCCACCAUGAUAUUCCAAAAAGCCCAAGUUGAGCAGCCGGUGUACGCUACCAUUGGUGCAGGAAUUGUGAAUACGGCCUUCACUGUCGUGUCGCUUUUUGUAGUGGAACGUGCUGGCCGGCGGACCCUGCACCUGAUUGGACUGGCCGGAAUGGCGGGUUGUGCCAUCCUGAUGACCAUUGCACUGGCUCUACUGGAGUCUGUCAGUGGAAUGUCCUAUCUCAGCAUCGUCGCCAUCUUUGGCUUUGUUGCCUUCUUUGAAAUUGGCCCGGGACCCAUCCCAUGGUUCAUUGUAGCCGAGCUCUUCAGCCAGGGCCCACGACCAGCUGCCAUCGCAGUCGCCGGACUUUCCAAUUGGACUUCCAACUUUAUCGUAGGCAUGGGCUUCCAAUAUGUAGAGAAAUUGUGCGGCGCCUACGUCUUCAUCAUCUUCAUCAUCCUCCUGCUCAUAUUCUUCGUCUUCACCUACUUCAAAGUGCCGGAGACCAGAGGGCGCACGUUCGACGAGAUCGCCUCGGAAUUCCGCGGGGGCGAGAGUCAGAUGGUCAAACAGGCGGAGGAGUUAAACACUUUUGGGCAUGCGGACGACUCCCAAGUUUAACAUUUCAGCCCCCCAGCACCUACCUCUUGUCAUUUCCCCCUGGUCUCCCUCUGCGCCUUCUCCUUGCUCCCACGCCUGCGGUUGGUCGGCACUGUUUCCCGGAGGAGUCUGGGAGUGAGAAGCAGCAGGACGGAGGGAGACAGGGAGUUGUAGUUUGCUCUUUGUUUGGACGUAUUGACACCUCCAGCUUCUGGGAGACGCUGCUACUCAGCCAAACCAACGGCGCUGCUGUGGUGCAGUUCAGCCAGACCCCGCGCAUUAACACUCAUCUUCCUCACUAAUUUCAUUUCCACGUGUGUCAGACAUGAAGGAAGGAGAAAGCUCUCUAUGAAACGAGUUAUAUCGAGAUAUAUAUAUAUAUAAUGGUAGAUGGCUAUGUUAUUUUCAUGGAUUAUUUUUGUAACUAGUGUGAGCUUUUCACGUAAGGAAGAUUUUAUCCCCGAAUUCUGAGCACGGAGCAACCUCCCCCAUCACCAUGGACUCUGUUUACAUAAAGUAGUAUUUUUUUAUGUUUAGUUUUCCUUUAAUAUUUUUGUAGAAAGUCUAAUGACACCAUGGAGAACCUGAUCUGAUAUAUAUAUAUAUACACUGUAUUCUAUACACUGGGGGCAGCGAGUUCCACUGCAAGGAGACUCAGUAAGUGUUGGGGACCCUCCUUUGCAGCCCCAAUACUCGGUCACAGAGCCUGGGAAUUGGGUGGGAUCUCCUCUGGCAGGAUGUGGGGGUUCUGGGGCAUUUCUUGUACUGGACUCAACUCAUAGCAACUGAUUGGGGGGCCACAGAAUUUCUCUUGGUGGGACAGCUCUCCUCUAGAGGUUCCAAGCACUGACACUUUACAAGCUGUAAGCACUGGCAUUGUGGUAGCUGACACCCCCAUUUUUGGGCCCCCCAAGGGGUUAUAAGAGCCCACGUAAUGUGGCCCCCAUGAGUAUGGGCUCUGCCCCCCCAAUACACAGCCUGUGGGGACUGAUUGAUAGUGUUGAUCUUGUGUACUGUAUCAUUUCACAUAAACCCCCACCAUGCCCAUGUCCUGCCAGAGCCUCCUGCUGGGGGGGGGGCAUCUGUCCUCAACUUUCAUAUAAUAAGACGCCCCCUGCCGUCACACUUAAUCCCCCAAAUCCCAUGGAUGCCAGUCACCCAGUGAGAGGAGGAGGCAGGAGGGUUGUCAGGUCAUGGGGGGGCUUUGGUACAAGGUUAUUUAAGUGGGUUGGGGGGGGCAUUUGACAUUCCACAUGUUUUUUAUAUUUGUGGGGUAGAGGGGGUGCUGCUUGAGACCUGGUGGGUUUAUUAAACAGAAGCACAGUGAGAGAAAGCCAGGAGUCCCCCCUUAAUGGGGUACAGCUACAAACUGUAGUCAGGGGCUGUGCCUCCUCCCAAUGGUAAAUACUGAUCUAUAAUAACGACUGCCCCCAUUCUGAUCUCAUGGCGGGGGUGUGAGGGUGGGUGAGACAGAGAGAAUGUGGCACUGGAUCCCCCGGCACCUGCCAUUUAAAUUGGCUGCCACCGACCCUCUGCCCAUAUUAAUUGGCACCAGGCAGGGGUGACCCCUAUUACUUGCCAGCCCUUAUAUUGAUCCAUUGUAGCAAGUUUGGACCCUAGUGAACACUACACGAAGCUCCGCCUCCCCUGCAGACCUCUCCUUGUACAGCCCCAGAGCUUUUAAUGGAUAUAUUUAUAUGUAUAAGUGUAUGUGUAUAUAUAUAUAUAUAUAUUGGUUGGAUGGUGUCCGUGUGCAGGUGUGUCUGAUGAGACCUGAGCGAUGAUGAUAAAAGUACUGUAAAUAUUUAUUUUAGUCACAUGGUUUGUUUUUUUGCACAUUAGCUCAAAGCCGAUAGGUCAGUUUUUCUUAUUGAUAACGAAAGAUAUGAAAUCUGUGUAGCGCUGUUAUUAUCAUUAUUAUUAUUAUUAUUCCUGUCUUUCUCUGUAUUGGGGGGCCCCAAUGUUACUGGUCAUUGUGUUGAUUAUUUCUGGGGCCCCUGUAAUGACUGACGUGUAGUUACCCUUUAUCCAGCAAAUAAUACAGCAGCAGCAUCGGGUGGUCCUGAUCACAGGGAGUAAUAAUAAACCUUAUAUAUAUAUAUAAAUAUA